AUGUCAUUGACCGAUUCCGGAGCAAUUGAUGUUGCCUAUAGCGCUUCACUUGCCUCUCGUCGCCUUGCAACCUUGAGCAACGAUGACCGCAAUAAAGCUUUGACGUUGCUCCAUGAUGCGCUGGAAACAAACCAAAAAGAGAUUCUUGCAGCCAACGCUAGAGAUGUAGAAAUUGCUACUAUUGUGGCCGAGAGCGGGAAUUUGAGUCAUAGCGUGCUCAAGAGACUUGAUCUGUCCCGGCCUGGAAAAUACAGAGACAUGCUUGAUGGAAUCCUAAGUGUGCGAGAUUUGGAUGACCCUAUUGGCAAAGUGACACUGCGAACUCUCCUCGACGAUGGUUUGACACUCGAGAGAGUCAGUUGCCCUAUAGGUGUGCUGUUGAUUAUCUUUGAGGCCCGUCCAGAGGUAAUAGCAAACAUCGCUGCGCUGGCGAUCAAGUCAGGUAACGCUGCUAUUCUGAAAGGUGGGAAGGAAUCCAUGGAAUCAUUUACAGCAAUCGCGAACGUCGUCUCUAAAGCUAUCGCCGAAUCUCGGGUGCCUGUAUCAUCGAUCCAGCUGGUCAAGACGCGCGAUGCAGUGACUUCUCUCUUGGCCCAGGACUCCUUGAUUGACCUGGUCAUCCCUCGAGGUUCCAACGAACUUGUCCGUUUCGUGAAAGAUAACACGAAAAUCCCCGUACUCGGCCAUGCCGACGGCCUUUGUUCUGCGUACAUACACGCGGAUGCCGAUAUCGAUACCGCUGUGAAAGUGAUUGUGGAUUCGAAAACGAACUACCCAGCGGCAUGCAACUCAUUGGAGACCUUGCUUGUCCAUGAGGAAACCUUUGAGUCGGUGUUUCCGGCAGUAGCUGCUGCUCUCCUCGAGAAAGGCGUGACUCUUCGUUGUGAUCCUGAUUCAAAAUCUGCACUGACCAAGGCAUUGCCAGCCGAGAAAUCAGCGCAAUUACAAACGGCCACCGAAACUGACUAUAACACUGAAUUUUUGGACCUUGUGUUGGCAGUGAAAACAAUUCCAUCGACUGAGUCUCCGAUCAUGGCCGUGGAGGCUGCAAUCGCCCAUAUAAACAUGCAUUCGUCCAAGCAUACAGAGAUCAUUGUGACUCGGUCAAAAGAGGCGGCGGAUAUGUUCAUGAGCGGAAUUGACAGUGCGGGUGUUUUCUGGAAUGCAUCUACUAGGUUUGCCGAUGGCAUGCGGUUUGGGUUUGGUACAGAAGUUGGCAUCAGUACCAACAAGAUUCAUUCCCGAGGACCAGUUGGACUUGAGGGCCUGACCAUCUACAAGUACUUAAUCCGGGGAAAUGGACACAGGGCAGCAGACUAUGAUGGGGAAGGAGGGAAGAAGUAUCUCCAUACUAACCUACCCAUAGACCAGUAA